AUGGACGAGCUUCGGGUGCUUUCUAAAGACCUCGAUGACCUCUGGAGGACCGAAGAGACCUUGCGGGACAAAUCACCGCCGCAACCCAAACCACCGCCGCAUUCUGACGAGAUCAAGAUCCUGAGCGGCCUCCCCAAGGUCAUUUCAAUCCGGGACGGCAGAUACGCCUCGUACCCUUACGACAAAGAGAGCCAAGUGGGAGAAGCCACCGCGCCACGCGAAACUACCGGGCCACCACCAGUGGAGCCAACGCUACGACUUGUCGUUGUUCCGAGAAACGAAGGAGAUAAACUCGUCCAACCUGAAGAAUUCUGGGGCCUCAUCAAAGCUGCGGGUAUCGAUGCCGUCAUUUACCAGCAUAUCACGCUCUGCAGCUACGGAUUCUACCACUACGACAACCACAGCAUUGACGAGGAGUCCCCCAGGCACAUAGCUUUUAUUUUGGUUGCUUCCUCUACUCGAUCGCCUGGUCCUUUGAUCCGGCGACCAUGGUCACAUCGGGCCGUCUACAAAUCCCACCAGGCGUCCCCCCUCUUCCUCGCGUUUGCCUCUUUCAACAUGUUAGCCCACGUUCUCGAUGAUAACAUUUACCGAAACGUAAACACAUUAAGAGAGAUAGAGACCGGGACAGGACAUGGACCUGGCCGUGGACACAUGGAUGCCGCGGACCGGUCCACCGACGCGUUCCUCCUUACCCUCCCGGCACUCAAGAGACGCAUUCGGACUGUCGAGCCGUCUAUAGAGUAUCUACAAGAUAGAGCCAAGAGUCUCUCACACGCGGUCUUUGGCCUGUUGACGCACGAGGAUGCCGAAAUCAACAUCAGGGUCGCCAAUGCCAGCAAGCAGAUUGCCGAGCGCUCGAGGAGGGAUAGCUCAGCCAUGAAGACAAUUGCGUUGAUGACUAUGCUCUUCCUCCCGGGGACGUUUUACGCCGCCGUCUUCGCCUUGCCGACGCUACAGUGGAACACCCAGGAGCCGCGCGUCGUGCAGCCCGAAUUUUGGAUAUUUUGGGCGUUUACGAUCCCCUCGACCAUUCUCGUUAUGCUCACCUCUGUGCUCAUGCACAACCACAAGAAGACGAUGGCGUUUGUCCAGGGCACGUGGGCCGCGGUCUACAAAUCGGCAGGUCCACCUGCCUAUUCAGCACGGCGUCGCGCCAUCCUCAUCUCCGCCCUCUUCACCACCGGCUUCCUCUCCGGUGCCGUGAGCGCCUACUUUACCGGCUCCAUCGCCGACCGCCGCGGACGCCGCCUCGCCUGCCUCGCUUUCUGCGCCAUCUCGUCCCUCUCGUGCCUCCUCACCGCCGCUGCGGGGCCGGGCCUCCCUUUACUGUUCGCCGGCCGAGUUCUCGGCGGGGUCGGCACCAGCCUCCUCUUCAGCGUCUUUGACACCUGGAUGGUGACCGACUUUGCGAGGCGCGGCCUGGCGAAGCGCGGCCACGACCUGUCCACCACGUUUGGCGUCAUGAGCACCAUCAACAGCGUCGUUGCCAUCGCUAGCGGCGUGUCGAGCGAGUGGCUUGUCGACUGGGCGGGAACGAGAAAGGCGCCUUUUAUCUUCAGCGUCGGAUUACUCGGGCUAGCUGCUGCGUGUAUUUCUUCGCAGUGGUCUGCCCACGCUCUCGAUAGCCCGCUCCCCUACGGCACCAUUUUUGCCAGCUUCAUGGCGUCGAUGAUGGGCGCCUCACUCCUCUUCACCAAAAUCUCCGCCUCGUCCUCGGGGUUCAGUCACGGCACUUCGCUCUCCGCCCUCCUCGCCGCGUCUGCAGUCAUAUUUUACGCCCUGUCCUCGUCCUCGCCCUCGGCCACCCGCUCCGAGCAGGUCAUCUUUUGGUUCUUUUGCGCCUUCGAGGCCUGCGUCGGCGUCUACUGGCCUUGCGUGGGAGUGCUCAAGGGCAAGGUCGUUGACGACGCUUCCAGGGCCCAAGUGUACGGCGUGCUACGGGUACCGCUGAACAUAUUCGUGGUGGUCUCCUUAGCUGCCACCCGGGAGGCGGUGAUUACACCAAAGUGUUUGGCGCCUGUUCGGCGUUUCUGA